CCCCGCAAGGCCCCCAGCUUCUUCCACCCCCCAGCUUAGAGCUCAGAUGGACUACUCUCUCGUGCCAUCUUCCUCCUUCACUGAGCAUCCUCCCUUGAUAGUCCCUGCCACCGGUCCAGAUGCAAGCCAAUACAAGACAUAGAUCGACCCUGCCGAUCUGCGGGCCCGAUCGCAAGAACAUCAAGAGAUCCCAGAUCAAGUUUAUUCGUCCGGCACAGAUGAGCUUGCUCGCUCGAGUGACGUGCUAUCCUCCCUUGGGCCAAGUAACCUGUCGUCCAAGGGGUGCAAAGCCUACGGGGUCCCAGAAGCCUGAUACGAUCAAUUUCACAGUGGUCCUAGAAUCAAGUACCUCAUUCCCCGUGCAGCCAUGGGAUGUUCAAGUAUGGCAUAAUAUCACCAGCUCAGAGUGGACCGCGUCUUCAUUGGCUUAUUGCAGUCCUUCCGUGGCACCCCUCAUGAAUAGCAGCGCGGAAGAAUAUAAAUAUUUCCGUCAUGUCUUCUCCGGGGAAAUUGCUCUUCCUUCAGAUCCUGGAUACGCACAAUUUACGGUUCGGUAUCGAAUCAACCCGGAUGCUGAGUGGCAGUGGGUGAACCAGCAGCAGAGUGUAAGUGACGGAGUCUUGGUAUUUGGCUCGCCGAAGCCGGGGUUCAACUCCUCAGAGUCGACCUCAGCGGAGUUCAAGAAGUAUUUCGAUAGCAUGUCUUCCGAUAUCGAAAUCCAGCCUAAGAAAAGUGAAGCUCCUGGGUCGAAUUUGUGGCAUCUUUCUGGAGAAGCCAAGCCAGCUCGCGAAGGUGCAUCCGGGGACCAGGAGCUGGCUCUUGGGGUGCCAGUAUCAGUCGCGAGGUACUUUGCCUUGGUGCGGAUCUGGACUCCAUGGCUCGGACCAAGGCAUGGACAAGGAAAAUUUGCGUUGACUGAGGAUGCCAUCAUGUGCUCCUUUCUUCGGAAAGAUGGAAUUCAUCUCGUUCUUCUGGGACUGUCUGGAACGGACAAUGUGUUGACGACCUUUGGAUCGGGCGAGAAUGGCGAGGUAGUGGUUAAAUCCCUCAGUGAUAAUACGAAGUCCUCCAAGUUCGAAAUCUUGGCAUCUGCUGCGGAGGAUUUCGAGGUUGCCAUGAGUGCAAUCAUAUACGAGGCACGCAAGCUCCUAAGGCCAUAUGCCGAGCAGGAGGAAUCUGAAACAGUCCGAGCCCCGGUGUCACCACCACCGGAUGACAUCGUUGUGGUCGAAAAGGACGUGAAGGCACAGUGGUUAGCAGAGUGGUACGAUGGCUUGACCUAUUGUACCUGGAAUGGACUGGGCCAGAAUCUGACGGAAGAGAAAAUCCUUCGUGGUCUCGAUUCACUCAAAUCGCAUGGGAUCAAGAUAGCCAACCUGAUUAUCGACGACAAUUGGCAGACACUGGACGAUGCGGACUCGCAGUUCAAGAGGGGCUGGAGGCAGUUUGAAGGAAAUCCCGAUGCUUUUCCCAAGGGUUUCAAGCAAACCAUCGAAUCUAUCCGGCGAAGCCACCCAAACAUCGAGCACAUUGCAGUCUGGCAUGCUAUGCUUGGAUACUGGGGAGGCAUCUCAUCGGAGGGUGAACUUGCCAAGAAGUACAAGACCAAAAGAGUUGAACUCAAAGUGCCAGCUGUAGGAGGCGCUAUCUCGCAUGCGUUUGAGAGAGGAUCAAUUCUAGCAAUUGACCCGGAUGAUGUCCAACGGUUCUAUGACGACUUCUACAGAUAUCUUGCGUCAAUCGGGGUGGAUUCCGUCAAGGCAGAUGCUCAGUUCUUCCUGGAUUUGAUCAAAGAUCCGGAAGACCGGCGGAAUUUUAUAACUGCCUACCAGGACGCCUGGUCCAUCUCCACACUGAGACACUUUAGCUCGAGGGCUAUAUCUUGCAUGUCGAUGUUCCCACAGGCCAUCUUCCAUUCACAGCUUCCAACCAAUAAGCCCACUAUUCCUCUGCGGAACUCGGACGACUUCUUCCCCGACAUCGAAGCAUCCCAUCCCUGGCAUAUAUUCUGUAAUGCUCAUAAUGCGCUGCUUACCCGGUACUUGAACGUGGUCCCAGACUGGGACAUGUUUCAGACAAGCCACCCCUAUGCCGGAUUCCACGCCGCGGCACGUUGUGUCUCUGGCGGCCCGGUCUAUAUCACGGAUGAGCCAGGCAGGCAUGACGUCUCGUUGAUUGAGCAAAUGACCGCUCCGACCAUACACGGGGCAACCGUGAUUCUUCGGCCAAGCCUGAUCGGUCGCGCUAUGGACAUGUACCACGACUAUAACGAGGGCCAUAUCGUCCGUGUAGGUACCUACACCGGCUGGGCACGAACCGGUAGCGGAAUUCUGGGUCUGUUUAAUAUCUCCACUACUGAGAAAUCCACCAUGGUCCACUUGUUAGAUUUUCCUGGCAUCCACCACGAUUCCCAGGGCGAGUACAUCAUCCGCGCACACACCAGCGGCAUGGUUGCCGAGAACUUGCAAGUCUCGGACACGGGCUCACUGGUCUCCGUAUCAUUGCCUCAGAAAGGCUGGGAGAUUCUGACAACGUAUCCUACCCACACGUUCAACAUGAAGACGGAUAGCCCAACGAAGGUGGCGGUUCUGGGCCUAAUCGGCAAAAUGACCGGUGCUGCCGCACUAAUUUACUCCGACAUCUACCUAGAAAACAACGGCCGACUUCGAUUCGAUAUCAGCUUGAAAGCUCUCGGGACUGUUGGCAUCUAUAUGUCGGACCUGUGGAACUGGAGUAUCGAGGAAAACUUCAUGGUCACGAUCCUCGGAAAACCUGUGCCUCGCAACACAGUGUGGAAAGAAGGCGGCGAUGAAGGCAGAGUGCUGGCGGUGGAUAUCCUAGCGGCGUGGAAGGCAAUGGGCUUGCAGGCCGGAUGGAGCAAUGAUGUUCUCGUUGAGAUUUUCGUGGGUUAACGUACACAGUUUAGUCCAAUUAAUCUUGAUCGAGUGAACAGGGCAAUAUGACUUAGAAGCCAAUGAACAUGAG